UGAAAAGUGUGUGUAUUUGAAGAAAGUAAACAAAUAAAUGCUUUAAUUCUGAAAAAUUAAAAUUUAAAAAUGCUACGGUUGGCAAGGUAUUUUGGGCCAUUAAUAAGGCUUGAGAGACACUAUUUGAGAUGCUUUUCAACGGAACCAAGGGCUUAUGAAAAUGCAGAAAAGGAUAAGAAGUUUAAGAUUCUAGAAUUGGAAAUUGAUAUUAUGAGACAAGAAGGAAGAAAGGUUCCUAGCAAAUUAUCCGAACCAGAAUGGGACAGAAUCUUGGAAUUAGGCUCAGUAUCGGCAAGAAGGAAAUAUUUAACAUUUUUGUUUACAUGUGAAAUGAAAAAUCUUAAUAAGCAAAAGAAAAAAGAAGACUUAAAGGUUGAACGAGACGAGAGAAUAUACGAAAGACGAAAGAAAGCAGAAAGCAAUGAGAUAGUGUAUGGUCUAGGAUAUAAUUCAUAUUUCUUAAAGAUUUAUGAAACUACAAUGAAUCUAUGGAAUAAUAAUAAGCUUGUAAAUUCUAUGCUAUUUGGACAAAAACUUGUUAUAGAUUGUUCAUAUGACGAGCAUAUGAAUUUUAGAGAAGCUGAUAAUUGCGCCAAGCAAUUGACGUAUACUUUUGCUAUGAAUAGGCUUUCAGAACAACCUUUUGAUCUUCAUUACUGUAAUUUCGAUAGAUCCUCAAAAUCUGGGAAAAAAAUGAUGAACAGCAUUCCAACGAUGUUUAAUCUGGAUUUUCCAAUAAAUGUGCAUGAAAAAUCAUACAUCGAUGUGUUUGAUAAGAGCCGACUCGUUUAUCUAACUCCGCAUUGCAGAAAUGAACUUGUCGAAUAUAAUCAUGAUGACAUCUAUAUAGUUGGUGCUAUGGUAGAUAAGGAAAAAAAUGAGCCACAUUCACUUGCUAAAGCUAAAAAGUAUGAUUUAAGAAUGGCUAAACUUCCUUUAGACAAAUACUUGGAUUGGGGAAAAGGAGGAAAGUCACUGACAAUCAAUCAAAUGCUUCAAAUCUUAUAUGAAAUGAAAGAAACAAAUGAUUGGAAUCAAGCAUUAAGGUUUGUACCAAGAAGGAAAUUAUUCAAAGAAUUUCAGCAGUCACAUCUAAUAAAAGAUGCAAGGAACCGAUCAGUAACAGUACACAAAAGUUUCUUUGACGAUGAUGAAGAACUGAGAGAAAAAAAGAGUUCACAGAAUAGCCAAAAGGAACGAAAGCAUUUUCAAAACUAUUUCGAUUUGAAAACAUGGGGGAAUAAAAAUAGUAAAAAUAAUAGUAAUAGGUAACUUGUGUAUGUUGACUUAUGGAAUAUAAACAAUUAAUAAACCAAAAUUAUAGUUU